CGGAGAAAUUUUUGUUGUUAAAAUGUUGAGGAAAAGUUAUUUUACGAUGAGUAGUAGAAUACGACAGUAGUGCAAAAUUGUGCUUUACCAGCGAGAAGGUGCACGCAAGUGCCGCAUGACGAACGCAUCCGCAUCCAGCCGGACGGGGAAUUUCGCCACCAAAAUACCAACCAAAACACGCCUUUUAGCGCCGCUCCGAAGCCACGUAAAAAGGCAAUCAUGAAUUUCGCGCCGGUGACCGCGAAAGCGUUCGGCGCUAUGCAGAACCUGGAUAUCGCGCAACUGGCGACAUGCAGCCCGCAAGAAAUCCGCCCGCUGCUACCGUGCUUGGUGCGUAUGAGUCUGCUAUCACCGCUGGACAACACGGCGGGUUGGGUGGAGGCGCGAAAGCAGAUCCUCUCGCUGCUGGUCGGCAUCGAGGUGGUCAACAACAUCGUUUCGCUGCUGCAGGUUAACUAUCACGAGCUCGAGAUCGACGUAAAGAAGGAGCAACAGAUCAGGCAAAAGAUCGGUUACACCACACAAGAUUCGGCUCAGUUCCACAGCCUGCCCAACGGGAUUGUGAUGGGGUUUGAGCGGGCCGAUGAAACGAACAAGGUCCGGGUGGUACUGUCCGAGCUGUUCUAUCUGCAAGCGCAGCUCAAUGAUCCGGCCACGCAAGCCUUGCUCCAGAAACCCUGCUCCAGCGAACCGACCGUUCGCUCUUCGGAACUGUUCGAUAAUGAAAUCUUCCUCGAGGAGAUAGCGGACAUCAUUUGCAUUGCGCUGGCCGAACUACCUUCGCUGCUGAACCUGCAGGAAGUUAUCGAAACGCUACUGUACGUACGGAAUGGAUGCAAGCUGGUGUGCUGGAUUGUCGCCAACAUGCCCGAUUGCUUUCGCGAGGUGGUGACGGCACUCAUCACGAACGGGGACGAGGAAACGACCGAUGGGCGGGUGAAGCUGGCCGCUCUGUACGAGCUGAGCGAGAUGAAUCCCAGCCAGGCCCUCUCGAUGCGUACAAUCUGCGUGGAAACAGUCAAAAUGCCAUCAUUGAUGAUCAAGCUAAGCUUGAAGGAUCCGCAGAAUCUAGUUGCCUUCGUUUCUGGGCUGCUGCUUGGCAACGAUCAAAACAUUCGAUCCAGCUUCGCGGUCUACAUACGCAACAAUCAGAAGCGUAAGGGAGAGGUGUUGAUGCUGUUGCGUGAGGAACUGUUACGGCAGCUACAGAGCAUCAUCCUGCAAUCACCGAAUGGGUCGAUUCCCGAAGAGCUGGUCGUGCAGGCGGCCGUCAUUAUGCGACUGUACUGUGCGUUGCGUGGCAUUUCGGGGAUAAAAUUCUUCGAUGAAGAGAUUCAGUUGCUUAUGCAAUUAAUUACCUCGAAGCCUCCACCAACACCGGCCGGAAUUCGGUUUGUGUCGUUGGGUCUCUGCAUGCUGAUUGCCUGUCCAUCGCUUAUCCCUCCGCAAGCCCCGGAUAACAAGGUGAACGAGUGGAUCCAGUGGUUAAUCCGAGAGGAGGCUUACUUCGAAAAUGUCUCCGAAGUGUCGGCUUCGUUCGGGGAAAUGCUGCUCCUGAUGGCCAUUCACUUCCACAGCAAUCAGCUGACGCACAUCUGCGAGUUGGCCUGUGCAACGUUGGGAAUGAAACUGUCGCUCCGACCGACCACAACGACGCGUAUCAAGCACAUCUUUACGCACGAAAUAUUCACCGAACAGGUCGUGGCGGCCCAUGCCGUCAAGGUGCCCGUUACGCCCAAUCUGAACGCGACGAUACCGGGCUACCUGCCGGUGCACUGCAUCCAUCAGCUGCUCAAGUCGCGCGCCUUCUCCAAGCACAAAGUACCGAUCAAGAGCUGGAUCUAUCGACAGAUCUGCAAUUCGGUGACUCCGAUGCACCCAGUGCUUCCCGCUCUGAUCGAGGUGUACGUGAACUCGAUCAUUGUCCCGCAACAGAAGGGUAUGCUGGAGCAGCACACGCACAAGGCGCUUUCGGAACAGGAAAUACAGCAAGUGUUCCAGAAUGGGCCCGGUUUAUGGGGCCGAGAACAGUCGCUUCAAUCUACCCCAAAUAGUUCAAGGGCUGCAUCGGUUGCGGGCGAGGGUACGAAGAAAGAUCAUGUGCUUCAUCAUCCCCAUCACCCGCACCACCACCCGUCACAACCAUCUGGGAUGGAGGUGGAUGGAGAAUCGAGCAAUCGGCAACCGAAUCUCACGCCACAGCUACUCCUCCUAUACUAUCUGCUCCUGUAUGAGGAUGUGCGGUUAGCCAACAUGGCGCAGAUCAUUGCAACCGGUCGGCAGGUGAAGAGCUACAGUAACGAGUUCAUGUCCGAGCUGCCCAUCAAGUACCUGUUGCAGCAGGCGCAAAGGAACCAGCAAGAGUACAGUGCACUGUUUAGUCCGCUGUUGCGUCUGUUGGUGCAACACUUUCCGCAUCUUUCGCUCGUCGACGAUUGGAUUGAUGAGGAAACGAUUCCUGUCAACGACAGUAGCUCAACGGCGACGGUAGGCCCGUACA